UAAGCCAGGUGUCUUAUUUUGCUUUUCUUUUUCUCGUUGUGUCUGUGAGUCGUCAUCAUAAAAGGAGAAGGACAUGACAUUUAAGGAGCUGAUGUGUUUUCUCACGUCCUGUGUAUUUGUUUUUCCUUCCUUGACGUAUAGGGACAGGACAGGUAGGUCUGGAUCACCCAUGUGUAUACAUUCACCCUGUUCCUGUUGUGAAUAUUAAGUCAUGCAAACUCAAAAGGAAAAGUUUACUCUUGGAAGUUACAGGAAGUCUUCAUGUGACAAAGUGUAAGACUUCAAAACUGUUUCAAUCAGACAGAAACUGCUGGGAAUAAUCUGAGAGACAGUAUAGUAGUGUGCGACUAUUAAUGAAAGCAUUUAUAAGGAGAAAUCCAUUUUCCUCAAAUUGUUACGGCAUAUAAAAGCAGUACUUUGAUAUUUUGGGAAAUAUGUUGCUGACUUUCUGUUUUUACACUUCUGUUUAUGUAUGUAAUAAACUUAGUAGAUAUAACAUCCAGGUCAGAGGUCCUGAUUAUAUCUUUGCACAGAGUCAGGAUAGGUGUUUGCCCAAGGUUCUUCUUUUAGUUAAAGUAAAUUCACUGGCUGCAUUUAAGGCAUGUGUAAAGGACAGACAUUAGCGAUACAAUAUUACUAACUUUCAACAGAAAAUAAGUAAUAUUUUACAAAAUGUUGAACUAUUUCUCUAAAGAUUACACACUCUCACACAAAGAAAAAACAACUUGCAUGAUCAUAAUCUCAGUCAUAAUUUUAUGUCCAAAUAAAAUAGCUUUAUGUCUAGCUUAAGUUGGAACAACCUCAAUGAAUUUCUGUUAUAUCAGAUACUGUCAUAUUGCACUGAAAUGCAUCAUUGUAUUAAUUUUUCCAGUUUUAACUACAAUUUACACUUUUUUAAAAAUUCUUUGAGCACUUGAAUUCCUAAUAAAGGCACAGAUGUUAAAGUAAUAUUAAUUAUAUUACAAUCAAACAGCAUAGAUUUGCUUUUUAAAAACAAAACUGGACACUUGUCUCAACCUUGAACUCUACGUCUGUGAUGGCUGACUGAGUCAAAACUGUCAUGCGUCUUUCUAAUGGGGCCCAGCAUGUAUACACAUUAUUUACAGUUAAUGCUUCACGGAAGCAGCCCGAGUCAAAGGAGACGAGAACGUCUCCACUUCAUGGAUAGAAGUAAGAAACUUAAAGUCACAGGUGUUGUAGAAGCUCGUCUAUAGAUUUGCUUCAUGUGUUUUAUAAAAAUAGCUGCUUGUGUUUCACAUGUAGAGAGUAUUUUUGUUGCAGGAGGAGUUUGUUGGAGUAUUUCAUAGGGCGCAAUCUCUCUGGUUGUGUAACCUGAACAGACGAGUACAACCAACUUAAUCUCUGUACACAAUGUUGUAUCAUCUUUUUUCUGUUUGAUUGGGACACGAGGCAUGUUUCACCUGCUCACAAAUCUGUAGCUGGGGAGGAAUUUAAUGUUGCACUAUUGUUUUGUGUGUUGAAAAUAUCAAGAUGUAAAAUAUAAUACUUAAAACAUACCAUUAGACUUAAACUGUCAACAUCCAGGUAUCCUCAAAGCACGUGUCCUCAGCUGAGGAGAGUCUGUUACAAACCACAAGGAGGGAGUGGCUGUGGUCGUGUCCUCACAGUAGACUCCCACCUUGAACUUAAGAUGGUCAGGCCUUUACAGUGUCUGUCACUUUUGCAGAAAGCAGCUUACCUGGAUAAUUCAGCUGUUUAGAGGCACUUCAGAAAAGCUUUGAAGUAACAAUGGGUGGCGUUCAGAGCUUCAGGGAGAUGUGCGACCGUCCAAAAAAUACUAAUGUUCGUCUCCGUCUUCCAGCAGUUUGCAUCGUGUGGCAGACGGCCAUGAUCAUCUUGUUUGGAGUUUUUAUCCGAUACAACGAGGAGGCAGAUACACACUGUAGAGUACAAAAAGAAAAAAACAUACCAAGUGACAUUGAGAAUGACUUCUACUUCAGAUAUCCAAGUUUCCAGGAUGUCCAUGUGAUGAUCUUUGUUGGAUUUGGCUUCCUGAUGACAUUUCUGAAGCGGUACAGCUUCGGUGCAGUCGGCUUCAACUUCCUCAUCGCUGCCUUCGGUCUCCAGUGGGCGCUGCUGAUGCAGGGCUGGUUCCACUCCCUGGAUUACACCGAUGGGAAAAUCAAGAUUGGAGUUGAAAGUCUGAUCAAUGCAGACUUCUGCGUGGCCGGCUGCUUAAUUGCCUACGGGGCAGUUCUGGGUAAAGUCAGUCCAGUCCAGCUGAUGGUUAUGACUUUGUUUGGGAUCACAUUGUUUGCUGUGGAGGAAUAUAUCAUCCUGAAUCUUAUACAUGCCCGAGACGCCGGAGGCUCCAUGGUGAUCCACACAUUUGGAGGAUAUUACGGUCUUUCCAUAUCGUGGAUGCUCUACCGGCCAAACCUGGACCAGAGCAGCCGUCUGCAGGGCUCCGUCUACCACUCAGACCUCUUUGCCAUGAUUGGCACCCUUUUCUUGUGGAUGUUUUGGCCCAGCUUCAACUCAGCUAUCACAGAUCACGGGGAUGGGCAGCACAGAGCCGCCAUCAACACCUACCUGGCUUUGGCCUCCACUGUGCUCACCACUGUGGCAGUUUCAAGCCUCUUUCAGAAGCACGGAAAACUAGACAUGGUUCACAUCCAGAACUCCACACUUGCUGGAGGCGUUGCAGUAGGAACAGCAGCAGAGUUCAUGCUGAUGCCCUAUGGCUCUCUUAUCGUUGGGUUCUGCUGUGGUAUCCUCUCCACACUGGGAUAUAUCUACAUCACGCCGUUCAUGGAGAAGUACAUGAAGAUCCAGGACACGUGUGGAAUCCACAACCUCCACGCCAUGCCAGGAGUCAUAGGGGGCAUCGUUGGGGCCAUUACUGCUGCAGCCGCAUCCGAGUCGGUUUACGGCGCUGAAGGGCUGAUUAACACCUUCGACUUUGAGGGUGAAUUUGAAAACAUGGUUCCCACGAAGCAGGGCGGUCACCAGGCGGCAGGCCUCUGCGUGGCUAUCUUGUUCGGCAUAGGUGGAGGAAUCCUUGUCGGUUUUAUCUUAAGAUUACCCAUCUGGGGAGAUGCUGCUGAUGACAACUGCUUUGAUGAUGAGCCCUACUGGGAGCUGCCAGAGGAUGAGGAGAGCAUCCCUCCAGUUCUGCAGUACAACAACCACGCCAUAAACAAAGACGUAGCGGAGUCAAAUUUCACCAUGGAACAGAACUGAUGUUAAGCCUUCAUCUACAUCACACUCAUUUGUAAUGGCUCAACGCUGGACUAAAGCUCCCCUGAACAUAACUUCUGUCCUUAUUUAAAACCACAUUUUGUACUAUGUUUGCUUCUACACAGUUCAACUUGCACUUUCAGGAGCUUAAAUAUGCAGAACUUUCAGGCAAGUUUUGCUCUCAGCUUCCUUUUUUUUCUCGUUUAUUUCCGAAGUAACAUCUCAUCCUUUGAAACUGAACUUAAAUCAUUUAUUGUGUGUCUUCAUGGAGAUUUUUUUUUUACAAUUACAGUUAUUUAUCUUGUGACUGAUUAUAGAUUUUAAACUAGUGAGAGCUGUUACGUUUUUUUGAACUGAGUCAUGCUGUGACAUAAAGGACAUUUAAAAACACUUUACCUUAACACAGCUUACUUAAAAGAAAUAUGCAAACAAUAAAUGGUUUAGAAGACACUGUAAGCACAUUUUAAGUGUUUUUAAAUCAUCAUUCAUUAUUUCCACUUAUUGAUGCUUACGGAUGUUAUAUUUGUUGACGUAUGCAUUGAUUAACACAUUUACAAUGAUUAGAACGUGUCAUAAGCCAUAAAUGUUUAAGUACUGCUUAUAAAUAAAGUGUUAUGUGAUAUUUUAUUCCACUUUAUCAAUCUGGAAAUGAAUGAUUUUGUCAAUCGCAAAUGUUUGUAUAUUUAGACAUCGCCCACAGUAGAUUAUUUGUUCUACUCUUUUGAAAAGUUUAAUGGUAAUGUAAUUUUGAAAACUCAAUAAAAAUUAUUAAUAAACUACUGUAAUU